AACGAAGUAAAAUUUGUGAAGAUGAAAAAAAAAUCGAGUCGCUCAACCAACGCGAAGCCGAUUUACUACUGCAAUUAGCCAAUAGCAAAAGCGAAUUUGAAAAAUACGUUGAAGAUCACGAAAUUCGCUGCGAAUAUAGAAAAAAAACUUUUCAGCUUCAAGAAAAACUUUUAUUUCUUCAAAAAGAAAAUGAAAUGAAAACUCAGACUUUAUUAGUAGAACUUGAAAAGUAUAAAAGUAUUGAAAAAGAACUAAAAGAAAAGCUUGAAAAUUUGGAGCGCCGAUUCGCUACUAUUCAAGAAGAAAAAGAAUCACUGGAGUAUCGUCUGAGCCAAUCAUUAGCAGAAGCAUCACGUUUUCAUAAUGAACUAAACGAAGCGAAUGAAGAACGGUUGAUGCUCCAAACUGAGAAUCGCGUGCUUCAACAUUCGCACUGCAUCGAUAAUAAUUCGCUGGAAAAUUUGCGCGGAGGCCUUUCUAAAAUCAUUGAAGCUCUACGGUUUCUUCAAAAAGAAGAACUUUCAGAAGUUUUUUUACUGAAAAUUUAUGAAGAACUCAAAACAUCUUUGAAAAACGAAGAGAAUGAGACUACUUACGAACUUUUUAAAAAUACUUUUGAAACUCUGCAAAGUUUUUGUAAGCACGUUAGCAAUCUUUCUCAAAAGUUAACUUUUGUGACGGAAAACUUUAAUAAAGAAAAAGAAAUGAAAAAUAACGAAAUUGAAAUUUUAAAUUCUACUAUUGAACGUUUGAAAACGGAAAAAAAUAAUUUGUGGAAAGAGAAUCAAAAACUUGAAGAAAAUGUUAUACGAAUGGAGCACUUAAAAAAAGUUUAUGAAAAAAGUAAACUGGAAAUCGACGCCCUUCAAAAAACUGCAGAAAUUCACAAACAAGCACUCGCUACGGCCCUUUCCAAUCUCGACACUCUUCAACAAAGAAAUAACGAAAAACUUAUGGAAAAAGACGGGGAAAUACUAAACUGGAAGUCGUAUUCUUUACAACUGGAAAGUUCGCUCACUGAAAUUCGUGAAAAAGAGCAAGUGUUGGGGAAAAACGACCCUAAAUUUAACUCUGACUUUUCAAUUCUUCUUAAAACACCAAUGAAACCUUUGCAUGGCGAACGAACGCCUUUCAAAACGCCUUUGCCAAUUGUUGGGCGACUUUAAAUUUUUUUGUUUUUUAUUGGUUG